AGUUGGUUCAGGGUGUGGCCUCUUUCCCGAAGACAAGGCCCUUUGUCGACAGAGUUGGUCCAUGUGCUGGAUAUUUGAGUCAAAAAUAGGUCAAGUGUUUCAUUAGUCCCUGCGAUCUGUUACAACCACUUGUUCGUCAAAAAUAUAUUCAAAUAAAUUUAUUUCUAAUUUUCCAAAAAAUUUGCGAAAAUUGACACUUCAUUUUCCGAUUGCAUUCCGCGCCAUAAGAAUUCAUCGUAUUGUGCUGUGACUAGAUUUUCCUGUGCAACAAUUUUUUUUUUGUAAUGCAGAAUAUUUUUUUUGCGAAGUCAGUCCUUCAGCUGCACUCGAUUGUCCCCGGAAGUUGAUUGGCAACGGUUUUUUUAUACAAGUAAACCUAUUCACACGAAAAAAGUUGAUACGGGUUAAUGAUACCUCCCCCAUCGUGAUUCGCCAUUAUCUCGUGAAUUACUCCCCCCCUUAGUCGCUCGAUAAUUCCCGAGGAAUCGGUGAUUGUGUCAAUAUUUGUUUUUUUUUCUUCACGUUCUAUUUUUAUCGUCUUUCGUUUAUGUUUUCAUUUUUUUUCGAUUGGAUGAUUGGAAUGAGUGAACGAGUUGAUCUACUGCGCAACAGCUGAUCGAAAAAAAUGGAUUUACCGCACGAUGCAACGCUCAUGAAGUACCUGAUAGGUUAGGCUCAAUAUCGACGGGGGGCGUCGGGGGCAUUGCAACAACAAUAUUUGGACAUCCGUUGGAUACGGUAAAAACGAGAAUGCAAGCAGCACCGGGGGUUUACAAAAAUACGACGGAUGCUGUAGUGAAAACCGUGAGACGAGAAGGCGCCAUGGGACUUUACAAAGGCAUAACAGCACCUUUGAUCGGUAUAGUACCGAUUUUUGCCCUGAGUUUCUUCAGUUUUGGCCUCGGCAAACGUCUCCUCUCUCGACCUGAUAACGCACCCUUGACCCCCGUCGAUCUCUUCCUCGCGGGAAUGUUCUCCGGUCUCACCACAACAAUGUUCAGUGUACCUGGGGAGAGAAUCAAGUGCCUCCUGCAGAUGCAGACAAGAGGUACCAAGUACAAUGGAUUCAAAGACGCGGUUGUAAAAUUGUACCAGGAAGGGGGUGUCAGAAACCUCUACGUCGGCACUUGUGCUACAUUACUGAGGGACGUACCUUCUGGUGGAGUUUAUUUUGGUCUUUACGAGCUCAUGAUGAGAUUUGAAACUGAAAAUGACGAUCAUGUGUCACUCUGGCAGCCGAUGUUCGCGGGUGGAGUUGCCGGUAUCGGUAAUUGGGUGGUUGCUAUGCCAGCCGAUGUCCUGAAAUCUCGUCUGCAGACGUCGACCAUGUGGAGAUAUCCCAAGGGCAUGCGCUCGGUUUUUCCUGAAAUCCUCAGGGUCGAAGGUAUCGGUGUCCUCUACAACGGCCUCAUACCGGUAAUCAUACGAGCAUUUCCAGCCAAUGCCGUCUGUUUUCUCGGUAUAGAAUUUGCAAUACAUAUUCUCGAUAAUUAUUUCCCGUGGGUAUGAUAAAAAUACGUUGAUAAAACGAUUUUUCUAUUGGAGCUCCAGUCAUCAGAUCAGAA